AACGCCGUCGUUUCAUAUUGUUCACCUUUAAUGUUCCGUUCAUCUUUUGAUUUUGGGAUUAUUCUCUCUUUUUGCUUUUUCCGCUCGAGAUUUGAAAUUGAAGGUUCUAAAAGAUGGAUCCAGAUGCAGUCAAGUCGACCCUCUCGAAUCUGGCUUUCGGAAACGUAUUGGCGGCAGCUGCUAGAGAUUAUAAAAAGGAAGUGCUUGCAAAUGAGAAGGCGCAAUCAUCAAAACAUGUCAAUGAGGAGGUUGAUCUUGAUGAACUUAUGGAUGAUCCAGAGCUGGAAAAAUUGCACGCUGAUAGGAUUGCUGCACUCAAGAGAGAAGUUGAGAAGAGAGAAGCCUUCAAAAGACAAGGACAUGGUGAAUUUCGAGAGGUUAACGAGGGAGAUUUCUUGGGAGAAGUCACCAGGAGUGAGAAAGUGAUUUGCCAUUUCUACCACAAGGAGUUUUACCGCUGCAAGAUCAUGGACAAGCAUUUGAAGACUCUUGCGCCUAGACAUGUGGACACCAAGUUCAUUAAAGUUGACGCAGAGAAUGCUCCUUUCUUUGUCUCAAAGCUUGCAAUAAAGACAUUGCCUUGCGUUUUGCUUUUCAGCAAGGGAAUUGCGAUGGAUAGGCUAGUUGGGUUCCAGGAUCUAGGCACAAAGGACGAUUUCACCACGACCAGACUGGAGAACGUUCUGAUUAAAAAAGGAAUGCUCAGCAAGAAGAAGAAAGAGGAAGAUGAUGAAGAUGCCGAAUACCAAGAGAGCAUAAGGCGUUCUGUUAGGUCUUCAGAGAAUCUGGACUCCGACUCUGACUGAUCAUCACAGAUUUGCCUUGCUGUCUUCUCUGUUUUGCCUUUUACUAUGUUUAUUAGGAAAGGAAAGGAAGUUUCAAUAUAAUAUCCAAACACUCGAAUGCUACAUGACAUUGUACGUUGCCUAUAUAUAAUGCGCCAUUGUUGUUGUUGCUGA